AUGUUGCCUGUUGGUCCCUAUAUACCACCAACUAAACGUCUUCUUUCAGAAAUAAUAUUAUAUAAUCCACGAUUGCAUGAUCUACGAUUAUAUGAACUAGGAUUACAUGAACUACGAUGUCGUGAUCCACGACUAUUUGAUCCAACAACACUCGAAUAUCAACAAUUAACAUGGGAAAAUUUAAAAAGAACUAUUAAUAGUCUAAUUAAUAAAGUUAAUACAUCAAAUUUACCAUUAAUUAUUCGUGAAUUAUUUAAAAUUAAUAUGACUCGUGGUUAUGGUUUAUUUAUUCGUAAUAUUAUUCAAGCACAAAUAGCAUCACCGUUUUAUACUCCUGUUUAUGCUGCAUUAGUGUCUAUUAUUAAUGUAAGAUUACCAAUAAUUGGUGAAUUCAUUGCUAAACAUCUUAUAUCAUCGUUUCGUCAAAGAUACCAGCAAAAUGAUAAAAUUAAUUGUUUAGCAACAAUAAAAUUUAUUGCACAUUUUGUUAAUCAAAAUAUUUUACAUGAUAUAGUAGCAUUAGAAAUGCUUGUAUUUUUACUUGAAAAUCCUACUGAUGAUAAUGUUGAAUUAGUUAUUGAAUUUUUAAAAGAAUGUGGACAAAAAUUAUUACAAGUUAGUCCACGUGGAUUAGAUUGUGUAUUUUCAACAUUAAAUAAUUUACUUCAUCAAUCAUCAUUAGAUAAACAUACACAAUAUAUGAUUGAAGUUUUAUUUGAUUUACGAAAAGGUCAAUUUAAAUCAAAUUCAGCUAUACAACCUUGUCUCAAUUUAGUUGAUGAAAAUGAUGAAUAUACACAUAUGAUUACAUUAGAUGAUUCAUGUCAACCUGAACCAAUUCUUGAUGUAUUUCUAUAUGAUGAUCAUUAUGAAGAAAAUGAAACAGAAUAUGAAGAAAUACAAAAGAUAAUUCUUGAUAUUCUUGAUAACAAAAAAAAACAACAACAAACAAUUAUUGAUCAAAUAGAAACAAAUGUAGAAACAUUUCGUUGUACAAUAUAUUCAACAAUUCGAUCAAAUAUUGGUGUUGAAGAAUGUGCACAUAAGUUACUUAAUAUGAAUUUGGAUCCAGAACAAGAAAAGGAAUUAUGUCAAAUAAUUCUUGAUAAAUGUGCAAAAGAACGAAGAUAUAAACAAUUUUUUAGUUUACUUGGUCAACAUUUUUGUUCAUUAAAAAAAGAAUACGUUGAAUAUUUUGAAGAAAUUUUUCAAGAUCAAUAUAAAAUUAUUCAUCGUCUUGAAUAUAUUGAUUUAAGAAAAGUACUUCGUUGUAUUCGUUUAACUAAAGAAGAUACAACCUCAUCAUCACGUAUUUAUAUAAUAAAUUUAUUUUUGGAAUUAACUGAAUUACUUGGUUUAAAUAAACUUAAUAAUCGUUUAACUGAUCCAACAUUGACAGAAUAUUUUCAAGGUCUUUUUCCUUGCGAUAAUCCAAAAAAUAGUCAAUUUUCAAUCAAUUUUUUUACAUUGAUUGGUCUUGGUGAAUUAACGUAA